AACGCCCCGGAGCUCACAGCCGGACGCACGGAGGGGCGCGAACGUUUUCGGGAGUAUGUUCGCCUGACGAGUGCCCAACAUGGGCGCUGCCCACAGCAAAAGGAGAGACUCUUUCAGCCAAAAGGAUUACUACCGCUCUUCAGGAACAGGAAGGCCCUCUCCUCCAGGCAAGCCUUUUUUAGUGCCAAAUGCCAGUAACACAAUUCCAGAUGUGCUCACUAUUCAGUGGGAAGCACCGUAUGAUCAUGGUGGAUCCAGGAUAAUCGGCUACCUUGUGGAGCACCGGCGAACGGGGUCGCCUCAUUGGGUGCGAGCGACGCCGGCCCUGGUCCGGGGCACGGAGCUGGUUCUGUCGGGUCUGGAGCCCGGCUGGCGCUACCACUUCCGCGUGAGCGCCGAGAACGCGGCCGGCCUCUCCGAACCGGGCCCGCUCUCCGAGCCCUUCGCUGUCACCCUCCACAGGCAGGUCGCCUCCGCCCCUUUCUUCUACCAGGAGCUCCACGACGCCACCGCCCUCGAAAAUGAGAAGGUAGAGUUUACAGUGCGGGUGGAGGGCACCCCAACUCCGCAAGUAGCAUGGUACCACGACGGGUUCGAGAUCUUCAGCAACCGGCGACAGCGGAUUGUGACCAAUGGAGACGCGAGCUCACUCAUCAUCUACGAGGCUGCCAUGAGCGACGAAGGAGAAAUUAAAUGCACUGCUACCAACAGGGCUGGUCACGCUCAGACCAAGGCUAAACUUGUCCUCGAGGCGCCGCCAACAAUUCGGCUAUCCCGGCAGUACGAGGAUGGGCUCCUCUUCGAGAAGGACGAGAUAAUUCGGCUGAAAGUUUACGUCGGCGGGAGGCCCUCUCCAACGGUGUGCUGGUACCACAACGGGGAGCUCCUCUCUCACGGUGGACGAUACGAGAUCUCCUUCGUCGACAAAUACGCCACCCUCAGAGUGGCCGAAGCCAAGAGAGGUGAUCGAGGAGAGUACACGCUCAGAGCCUACAACAACAUAUCCGAAGACACGGCCUCCUUUCUUGUCACAGUCACAGAUAGACCAGAAGCUCCUGACUCUAUUCAAGUUGUGAUGACGUUGGGGCGAUCAGUGACGCUCUCCUGGUCUGAGCCAAAAGAUGAUGGUGGCUGCAAAAUAGGCAACUACAUCAUCGAAUAUAAUAGGAUAGGCUGGAACGUUUGGCUUAAAGCAGCCACUUGUCGGCAACUAACAACAACAUUAGUUGAUUUGAUUGAAGGUUCCAAGUAUCGCUUUAGGGUUAAAGCGGAAAAUCCAUACGGUGUGAGUGAGCCUAGCCGUGAAAGUGACGUCAUUUUUAUUCCUGAUCCAAAAAGAGGGCUACUUGAACCGCCGGGUGCCGACGCAAGCUCCAGACUCGGUAACUAUACAAUUGACAGUGUUAACCUAGACGAAAACAAGCCAGCCCGCUUCUCCGGCGUGGUGCCGGAGAUAGUGGUCAGUGAGGAUAGGGUAGUCUCCCACCGGCGAUCCAAGCGGAAGGCGACUCGGUCCCACGAAGCGUCGCCGUCGCCGGAGGUCGACUCGGGCAUCUCCGUCGUCCCGGAGAUCGACUUCGAGAUCCCGGAGAUCGAGGCCGAGAAACCGGUGGCGCCGAUCAAAAAGCCCCGGAAAAAGGUGAAAAAGCCGGAGGUUCCGGUCGAAUCCGGGUCUCGGCUCGAGUCGCCGCCAGGUGGCGGCAGCGUCGCGUCCGAGACGGCAUACAUGAGCGCCAUGUAUGAUUUCGAAAUGGGUACGUCCAACUCGGAGCUCAUGCUCGUCCUUUUGCCCGACAAGUCGGGGCACCCCGAAAAUGAAGGAGCUAACGUAGAUCGAGAGAGCUACCUAUCCGAUUUCGAUGACUUGGCGAUCGCCCCACCCAUGUCCUUGUCCGCUCCGGAGCUGGGCAGCUGCGACUAUCCAGACGACGUAGAAAUCCGGAACGCUGUCAGCUCGACGGAACUGCUCCACGAAAAGGCCAUGGCCAGAUUCUACCAAGCUUUCACAGAGGACGAGAUGGAUCGAUUGAAAAAGCUGGAGAGGCGCCACUCUUUCGGCUCCAGGUCGUCUCUCGGCAAAAACAAACAGGUCAACGAGAUGAUGAUCGAGAACCGACUCCAGAAAGCAAAACUAGAGAAAGACACACUCCUCAAACGCUCGGAAAUUGCGAAACCAGACGUGAAACCACAAGAAAGCAGCCUGCGGAAAACUGGCUUGGGCACAGUUCCGGAGCAAGCGGAGCCGAAGGAACUGAAACCCAGGGACCGAAGAACUGUUCCAGAGGUGAAGAUUCAACACUCUACACCGGAAAUCACUCGGCGAGGUUUUACACCGGAACCGGAGGAGCGGAAGGGCGGACGGGAAACGAGACAAGCUGAAGACCGGAUCCUUUCCGUUAAAUUGAAGAAGCCGCUUAAAAUUACGUUCGGCGCAAACGUGUACAACUCCUCACUGGAGGCGAACGAGCAGAUGGACGACGUCAACGAACCGUUAGAUGACGUCUCGGACGAAGACGACUUUGAUUUCGACACCAGGGUCGAAGGGCGGCCGCCACUCAUUGCCGAGACUUUCGACGAGGUCGAGGAGCUAGAGGAAUCUGAUGAAUUCGAAACAAGACCGGAGGCUUACCGUCCCAGGAGUCGGACAGUGACGACUAAACCACCCACAAGGACAAGCGAUACGGAAACAUAUCAUCCUAGGAACAUGAUUCCCGUACCACGGCCGUCUGUAGACCCACAGACUCCGCACACGGACAGGAGAAGCCGCUCUCGCAGUCCGCUGUCAAGAGUUUCGGCAGAUUCCAGCCAGAGAGCGCCACCUGAGCCCAAAGUUCAGCCACCGCCGAGAGGCUCGUCCCUGCCUCGCAAAGACACUUUCAGCGAGAUCAUAAUCCCGCCUGACGUCCACCUCCCAUCAGUCAACACUCUGGAGGCGAGCAAAGCCAACGGCACGAAAAUGAAGUCGGAAUCGAACAUCCUCAAGCCGAUCUUGAAACGAAGACCCUCCGACGACGCCGCAGGCAAAGCCCCGAUCGCUGUCGUCGAGUCCGAACUGAACAUCAUCCCGAAAGCCCUGUCCUCGGAAGCCUUCGGUGACGACCUUGAAAGGCGGACCGGAAGAAGGGUCCGAAUCGAGGAGCCGGCCUCCCUGGACCGGAAGUCCAAGUCGGUCAACUUCCAGGACGCCGAGCGAAGGGUGUCCGGGGUGGACCCCGACCCGAGAAGCGUGCUCAUCAGCCACUACAGCGACAUCGUGCGGGAGUUCGGGAAACUGAAGAAGGCCCCGAAGACGCUGUACCUCAAUUACGAGGAUCUGAAAGCGGCGGCGCAAGAAGUGCCGGAGGCAGUGGAGAGCGUCGAAGACAAAGAGGAAACGGAAAUCGACUCAUCGCCGGAAGCUCAGGCUCCCGAAAGUAAGAUGCUGGAAGUGAAACCCGAACCAGAGGUAGUGGAGGAAGUUGCUCAAAAGACGGUUUUGUCGCCCGAGGAAGAGGAAAAACUGCGGAAAGUCGAGAAGAAGGUUAGUUCGCUGUGUGAUUACGUCAUGGACUUAGGAUUGUUUUUGGUAGCCUGCUAUUUUUAUUUUUUCGACAAUGCGCUGUACUCGAUACCCUUCCUGGUUCUGAUGCUCUGUCGGCAAGUGCAGGAGACGGUGCAAGAGAAGAUACGGAAGUGGCGGAAACCUAAGGAAGAGUGAAACGCUGCUAAACAGGCGAAGGCCAGAGAUACUAUUAGCGAAACUAACGGAAAAGACCUCCAGAUUAAAUGAGGCAUAUUUUUCGUGAAAAGACAAAUCCAAAUUUGAAACCAUUCCAUAAUGGACUUAUGGUCAAUUGCACAGCUUUCGGCUCGCAAGUCUUGGCUGAGAGAGGAUUUUACUGACAAAUCGGCUAAAACUUUGUUACCUGGCUUACAAGGUAAUACUAAAUCUUGAUUCAGAAUUUAUUUUUAAUUGUUAAUUUUUUGUGGGGGGGGGGGGGGAGAAAAGGGCCCAGAGUCCGUGGUAAGAUUCACCAUUGCACUGACCAACGUUGACCAUGAAAGCAUUGAUUAUACUCAGAUAGCCCCGAAGAAUGUUCAAGUUGUAUUCAUACGUCGAAACCGUGUUGAAACCUUACGGAAAUUAUCUUUUAAGUAUACACAUUUAUUUCUUCCUUGGAUUCUUGGCUGAUCUGCAAAGAGGCCUUGUCCGGUUUCAAGAGGGGAAAAUAUUUUCAAACUUUUAAAGUACAAUUUGAUGUGAAGUUCUUAGGGACCUAUGAAUUAUUACGACAAGCCGAUCAGGCUUAAUUUACUCCUUUGCUUUUUCCGUGCUGAUAAUUGAAAUGUCAAUAAAUUUUUAUAAAUUCACCAUAGCAAGACUUUUUAGAGGUAAAAUUUUGAUUUUUAUACUAUAUUUUUAUAACGGAUAGUGUUUUUGCUUUUGUUACAUGCUUAGAAAUUCAGUCGUGACCAAUUUUAUGGAAAAUACAGCCAAUUACUGUGUGCCUGGUUUAUUUAUUCGUAUUUAUAUUUGUUUAUGAAAAAUGAAAGAAAGCAUCCAAGUUUAUUUCAGGCUAAACUGCCAAAAAUCUUUUGACAGAAAGCCUUUUCAGUAAUCUUGCUCUCCUAAUUGGUUUAUGCAAGCUGCUCAGAUGAUGAAAUUUCAAUGUUUGUGGUUAAUAACUAAAUCAAUACCAAGGAUAAAUUCCAAGUUCGUGUUUAUUUUGUUUUUACAUCGAAUUUUUCUACAUGCCUGUGUUAUGCUUAUUUGUUUUUUAUGUUGACUCUCGACUGUCACUGAAAUUUGACCAAUCUCUCCUUGCGAGAACAAUUGUACAUAAAUAUAUCCUGUAUUAUGAAUGUAGCUGUUGAUUCAAUAAAGUUUUGUUAUACAAUUUGUAA